AUUGCAAACAGCACAAUCAAAAGCAAGGGAAAUGGGGUUGCAUGGCUUUUGUCCAUCUGGAUUGCUUGGAGCAGAGAUGAUUCAGUGACUCUGACGUGAUGCUACCGGGAGCCAAACAGGGUGUAAAACAAGGCAGAUCCUUUCAAAGGAAGAGGGCAGCUAAGUCAGCUAUGGAUUGAAGAUGACUUAGGUGGUUGCUGGACUCUGGGGAGAUGACUGUCCGCAGGCAUGCAGCAUAACUCACGCAAGAUGGAGCGUUUGGUUUUGGCCGGGAAGGUAGGGGAGUGGGCUUGGGGAUGCUGAUGAAUUCCUGUCUGUUUGGCAGUGCCCACUUUCUGCGCUUUAAUCAUCUCUUGGCUCCAGAUGCAUGGAUUUUGCUCUGUUUCGGGAGAACAUCCUAGGCAGAACCUCGAAGACCUUUGGAAAAGCCGUCUCUAGAACGUGGACCGUGAUCCUGAGCAGGCAUCCGGGACCGAAAUCCCGGCACCUGCAGGGAAGUGGCUGUGGAGCUUGGGCUUGCUGAUCCAGAAUCGACUCUCAUAACUGGAGGUUGGGCUAGAUUCGGUGAUUUUAACUUUGUGGGCUUUAGGGGUGUCCCCCCCUCCAUGCAAUAAUCUGGUAAUGCCAAGUGUUGCAAAACCAUCGCGCGACUCGGGAUUUCCAAGUCAGAAUAACUCAGACUCGCGAUUUCCUGAUUCAACCCUCAGAUCUCCAGAUUUUCCCAGCUGUGACAGCUUCUUCAGCUGAAGAUGUCCAAUAAUGGUAUUGAAACAGAAGACAAACCUCCUGCCCCGCCAAUGAGAAACACCAGCACUAUGAUCGGAUCUGGAAGCAAAGACACCGGCUCUUUAAACCACGGCUCGAAGCCUUUGCCUCCCAAUCCUGAAGAAAAGAAAAAGAGAGACCGAUUUUACCGAUCAAUCUUACCGGGAGAUAAAACCAAUAAGAAGAAGGAGAAAGAACGACCAGAGAUAUCCCUCCCUUCAGAUUUCGAGCACACGAUUCACGUUGGGUUUGAUGCUGUCACAGGUGAAUUCACGGGUAUGCCAGAGCAAUGGGCUCGGUUACUGCAGACAUCAAACAUCACCAAAUCGGAGCAGAAGAAAAAUCCCCAAGCCGUGCUCGAUGUGCUGGAAUUUUACAACUCCAAGAAGAUCUCCAACAGCCAGAAGUACAUGAGUUUCACAGAUAAAUCUGCAGAGGAUUAUAAUUCAUCAAAUACAGUGAACGUGAAGGCGAGUGUGUCCGAGACCCCUGCGGUACCACCAGUUUCAGAAGAUGAAGAUGAUGAGGAUGAUGCUGCUCCACCCCCAGUAAUAGCUCCACGCCCCGAGCACACAAAAUCGAUAUACACUCGCUCCGUGAUAGAGCCCCUUCCUCCGCCUCCCACCAGAGAUGUGGCCACCUCUCCAAUCUCCUCGCCCUCUGAAAACAGCACGACCCCGCCUGACGCGCAGACAAGGAACGCAGAGAAACAGAAGAAAAAACCAAAAAUGUCAGAUGAAGAGAUCCUGGAAAAAUUAAGAAGCAUCGUGAGCGUGGGUGACCCCAAGAAGAAAUACACACACUUUGAAAAGAUUGGACAAGGAGCCUCAGGCACAGUUUAUACUGCGAUGGAUGUAGCUACGGGACAGGAGGUUGCAAUCAAACAGAUGAAUUUGCAGCAGCAGCCCAAGAAAGAGCUGAUCAUCAAUGAAAUCCUCGUCAUGAGGGAAAAUAAAAACCCCAACAUUGUCAACUACCUGGACAGUUACCUUGUAGGAGAUGAGCUGUGGGUAGUUAUGGAGUAUUUGGCAGGAGGCUCCCUCACAGAUGUUGUAACGGAGACCUGCAUGGAUGAAGGACAAAUCGCAGCAGUGUGCCGAGAGUGUCUUCAGGCUCUGGAAUUCCUGCAUUCAAGUCAAGUCAUUCACCGAGACAUCAAAAGCGACAACAUACUGCUUGGCAUGGAUGGCUCUGUCAAACUAACCGACUUUGGCUUCUGUGCUCAGAUUACCCCAGAGCAGAGCAAGCGCAGCACGAUGGUGGGAACACCGUACUGGAUGGCUCCUGAGGUGGUGACGCGGAAAGCUUAUGGCCCCAAAGUGGACAUCUGGUCUCUGGGCAUCAUGGCUAUCGAAAUGAUCGAGGGCGAGCCCCCGUAUCUCAACGAGAACCCGCUGAGAGCCCUGUAUCUCAUCGCUACCAAUGGCACCCCAGAGCUGCAGAACCCAGAAAAGCUGUCGCCCAUAUUCAGAGACUUCCUGAACCGUUGCCUGGAGAUGGACGUGGAGAAGAGGGGCUCUGCUAAAGAGCUGCUGCAGCACCAAUUCCUGAAGAUCGCAAAACCCCUCGCUAGUCUGACGCCCCUGAUUACUGCAGCAAAGGAGGCAGCCAAGAACAACCAUUAGAACAAAAUCCUUGUAGUCAUUGUGCCAAGCCUGUUAGAAGUUCAUUUCAAAGACUGAAUAUUUGCCCUCCUCCUUCUUCAGGGUGCACAAGACUUUUUGGCCCUGUGAGAACGGCUGGCAGAAGUAGUAUUUGUUGAAUGUUAAAGGGAUACGUGAUGGGGACGUUGUUGAUCUUAAGUAGCAAAUCAUCUUUCCUCCUUCUUGCUGGGAAAAGAAUAUUUUGUAUUGACAGGUUGUCAUGAAAACCUCUGAGCCUGACCUGACACGUAGCACAGCCAGUUUGUUUUCCUAUUUCUUAAUGUGUUUUAUUUUUGAAAAACUAAUGUGGAGCCUUAGACCAUGUUUAUUUUAAUAAAUUAAAAUCUCGCGCUGGCUGGACUUCCCUCGCCUCUACCAAGCUCUGUUGUUCCACUACUGAGACUCCUGCAUGCUUUGGAUUACUUGAAUGAUGGAGCAGCCAGCAGAAACGGGAAUAGCUUUAGUCAUUGAAGGGGAUGCCAGAGCAUGCAAUGCCCAGAUGCUGCUUCGUCCUGCCGGACACACCUGGAAGAGAGCUGAAAUAGUUUGAUAAGGCUUCCUGCUGCCACUGGAAGAUUUCAGUCAUGGGUGGCUUGUGUGCCAUGUCUUGUAAAUAAGCUUCUCAAUUACAUUAUCAUCUUUCAGUUCUCAUCUCUGGGCCUGUAGACUCCGGUGCUCAGUGCUACCAGCUAAUCGAUUGUUUCCGAAACUAAACUUGCUGGCAAGCUAUGGGAGACUGUGCCAAAGAAUGGGGCAGAGCUGCUUUAAAAUGACUUUAUUUGUAUAGCAAGGUUUGGUAGAGCAUUGCCCUAGGUUGUAAAACAGUAAUACACUGGUUGCCAUGAUAAAGUCAACAUUUGCCUGCAGUUACCACAUGGUGAUACUUGAGAAAGUAUUAUUUGGUAGGCCCAGGAGAAACAGCCUUAUCUUGGAGGCUGCUGCCAUUAAGUAUCCAUGAGGACAGUUUCUGAAGUGAGGGAGGGCCUCGUUGUCUUCAGCGGGAGGACUGAAAGGGUGAAAUCCUCUGGCUGCCACAGUUUGUAAAGUAUCUGGUGACCUGGCUCUGCAUCUGAGUGGAGAAAUCUGUGUCCUGGGCUACACUCAGCUGUACAUUGGUUUUAAUAAAAUGAUUGCUGCAUUUCUUAA